AGUGCUCCGAGCCGUCACGCCACCAAUCCCCGACCAGAGUCCAAAUUACUUCCCGCUCCGAAUUCCGAUGCCGCGCACGGUGGCCGUGGUCGGCGCGGGCGCUGCAGGGCUGGUGGCCGCGCGCCAGCUGCUCCGCGAGGGCCUCGACGUCGCGGUCUUCGAGAAGUCGGGGCGCGCGGGGGGCACCUGGGCGUACGACCCUCGCGCAGACGCCGACCCGCUGAGCCGCGACCCGGGCUCCCCCAGCGCUGUGCACGGAAGCCUCUACGCGUCGCUGCGCACAAACCUGACGCGCGACCUCAUGGGCUUCUCGGACUUCCCGAUGGCCGGCUGGGUGUUCGCGGGCGACGCGCGCGCGUUCCCGGGCCACCAGGAGGUGCUCGCGUUCCUCGACGCCUUCGCGGAAGAGUGCGGCGUCGCCGCCCGCGUCAGGCUCCGCUCCGAGGUGCUGCGCGUGGCGGGGGCGCCCCUCGGCCAGCGGGGGCGCCCCUCGGCCAGCGGGAGCGGUGGGCGGUCUCGUGGCGCCGCGAGGACGGCGAGGUGGCGGAGGAGGUGUUCGACGCCGUCGUGGUCUGCAACGGCCACUGUACGGUGCCCAGGGUGCCCGGCAUUCGAGGUGCCUGCCAUCUCCUAGUUUCCCUCUUUUGUUUCUCAUCCAAUACAAUGGAGUUUCGAGGUGCCCGGCAUCCAAUGCUUGUGUCACAGGAAUUGACAAUUGGAGCGGGAAGCAGAUUCACAGCCACAAUUAUCGCACCCCUGAACCGUUUCGGGAUCAGAACGUUGUCGUUGUAGGAUUCUCGACCAGUGGAAUCGACAUUGCUUCAGAGAUCUCACGUCUCGCCAAGGAAGUGCACGUAGCAGACAGGUACUCCAGGGACAGGCUGGGAAAGAUGGCGCUGUACCAGAAUGUCUGGAUUCACGCAGAGGUGGACUGCAUCCAGGAUGACGGCAAAGUCCGCUUUGCUGAAGGUUCCGUGGUGGAUGCGGACGUUAUUCUUUACUGCACAGGGUAUCGCUACCAUUUCCCGUUUCUCGACCUGGAUGGGCUCACCGUCGACGACAACCGUGUCGGGCCACUGUACAAGCACGUCUUCCCCCCAAAGUACGCGCCGAACCUGUCAUUCGUUGGUCUACCAGUCAAGACCAUCGUCUUCCAGGAGCUGGAGCAGGAAGCCAAGUGGGUCGCGGCCGUGCUGUCGGGGCGGGCCACGCUGCCAAGCGAGGAGGACAUGAUGGCGUCCGUGAGGAGCCAUUACCAGCUGAUGGAGGAGGCCGGGAGGCCGAAGCGCCACACGCACGCACUGGCAGCUCAGUGGGCAGAGCACAUGAACUGGCUCGCGGACCAGGUCGGCGAGCCUCCAGUGGAGCCGUGGAAGUGCGAGGUGUUCGAUAAGGUACUUGCGAGCAUCUUGGCGCUCGACGAGGCCUACCGAGAUCGCUGGGAACAAGAGGAGGACGGUGGCUCCAGUGGGCAUCAGGAAGGCAUUAGGAUCAGAGCGAGCUCCAUCAUGUAACGGAACCUGAACGGUUGCGGCAACCUGACGCCGUCGUAUCCUGAUUUUACUCUCGUGAUACUUCACUUCGUUGUGAUCUUCACUGAAACAAUUUGCCACCAUACAACGGGAAUAAAAAAACUAUUUAGGGCUUGUUCGGUUAGCUCUCAAUCCAUAUGAAUUGAGUGGGAUUGGAUGUGUUUGAAUCCCGAAUAAGUCAAACUUAUUCUUAAUUUUUUCCAAUCUCAUCCAAUCCAUGUGUAUAGGGAAUAACCAAACAAGACCUUAUUAUUUUUGUUUAGGAGUGAAU